AUGUCUUUGCCGGCUGCUGAAGUAGCAGCCGACUUUCGAGACGCUCUGCAAGACCUGAGGUUGAACAGCAGACCAGAGAUAAGCAAUCUAACUCUCAUCGCCAAGGAGAACACAGAGUAUGCCGAAGCCAUAUCGACCGAGCUCGAAAACCACAUACGUUCGACUCGCCCUGAAUGGAAGCUCCCAGCUCUCUAUGUGCUUGACUCUAUUGUCAAAAAUGUCGGCACCCCAUACACCGUAUACAUUGGCCGCAACCUCUAUCGUACCUUUAUGGAUGCCUACCUCGUCAUGGCCCAAGACACUCGAAAGGCCAUGGAGGGCUUGUUGAGGACAUGGAAAAUGCCUGUGCCUGAAUCCAUGGACCCUCGUCCCGUGUUUCCUGCCGACGUGACCAGGGACAUCGAGAACGCACUGACUAAGAUACGUGCAGCCGUUCAACAACAGGUGCAACGACCGCAGCAUGCGCUUCCGCCUCGCCCCCCAACGAAUGUGGCUUGGAGGGACACUUCGACGCCUCCGCAGAACCUACCGCGGUAUGCGGCUCCCAAUGAUCCGCGUGCUCGACCGUCAUUUCCACCUACUACCCCACAAUAUGGGCCUCCAUUGCAUACUGCUACACCACCUAUGCAAUAUCAGCAGCCUCAACAACAGGCUCAGCCAAUGUCGUCAAUCGAUCUAGCUGACCUGAAAAGCGAAGUCACGCAGCUCAUUUCUACGACACAAACUAUGUUCGCACAUAAUCAUGCUGACCUUGCUCUUCGGACAAAGUUGCAGGCGCUUCUAUCGCUCAAGCAGAUUUUAGAUACACAAACACUGCCUCCUCAGCAGCUAGAGGCUGUGCGACAGCAGAUUCGGGCACUGGCACCUCCUCCUGCUCCAUCAACACCAGUCUAUCCUCCACAGCAUACAUUACCUACUCACUUCCAGCCAAAUCUCCCAUCAAACUUCCCUCCAGUGACUGCCCCACCAAACAGUGCUCCACCGAACGUGGCGCAGCUUCUUGCGGGCUUUAGACCACCAAUGCAGCAAACUCCACAACCUGCCUCGACCCCAAACCCUCCGGCUUUCAACCUAGUAGAUUUGCUAAAGCGUGUCUCGUCUCCUGCGCAAUCGUCGUCUAUACCGGCGCCUGCUCCAUUUCAGCUACCUUUCCAGGGCUUCCCACCACCAAAUUCUACUCCGAUGCCAAUUCCUCAAGCGGCUGCACCAGCACCAUCUAGCACACCAACAGCUAGUCUGGCUACACUACUUGCUCAAUUCAACAAGCCCGCAGGAGCACCGCCCAUGUCACAGCCGAUGCCGAUGCAAAGCACCCCCGUUCCUCAGUUCCCACCGCAGCCAAACACUGCACCUCCCACGCUUGGUAGUGCUGAAUGGCUCCUCAAAGCCCUGGGUAGCGUACCUGGUGCUACCCCUGCGAUCUCGACCCCAAUAGCAUCUCAGCAAAUGGCCCGACAGUCCUCGGCACCAUUCAACGUGAUGGACCAGAUCGAGCUCACUACUGUAUCGAUGAAGAAACCUCGCCUCCACCUCAUUUCCCGCCUCUAUGAAGCCAAGCCUAACAUCUGCGCUACCUGCGGCCGCCGAUUCGAGUCAACGUCCGAAGGCAAAGAGAAGAAGGCGCGCCACAUGGACUGGCACUUCAAAGUAAAAGACCCCGAUGCCGCAAAACGCGGUGUCCACCGUAGCUGGUAUAUGCCCGAGAAAGAGUGGAUUGAGUAUAAGGAAGUUGACGAAACGUCGCCCAAUCAUACCUCUAAUGACUCCAAUAACUCUACCUCGUCCGGGGCGAAACCGAAGAAACAGGCCAAAGACCGAUACGUGAGUGUUCCACAGGAUGUGGCGCUACAGCAGGCCCCGUGCCCUAUUUGUCAAGAAAAGUUUGACACGGUGUGGAGCGUCGAGGCGAAUGAUUUCGUGUGGAUGGAUGCGUUGAGUGUUGGAGGAAAGGUGUAUCACGCUACUUGCUUUGAAGAGUAUAGUAAAGGCGCCGGCAUUGCUAUGCCCGGGACACCUGACUCAGUGCUUGGGAAGCGGAGAGCUGAGGAUGCAGCUAGUGUCAACGGGGAGGGGAAGAAGGUUCGAGCUUUUUGA